UUUUUUUUUUUGAGUUGUUCUUCCUCUUCGUUUUACUUUCUGAUAAGGUUUCUGUUCUUGCGUAGCUCUUUGUUCUGGUCUUUUAAUUUUCGGGAUCUUCUUGUGAUGGAUAUUGAUGGGUCUUAUGUAGCUACUAUAAUCUUGAAAUUAAUUGGAGUAUCAAUCAAUUGAGUCUAUUUAGCUUUUACACGCGAAAUACUGAAAUUUUGAAAAGAGGACAUGGAAACAAAAAUGCAAGCAGCAUACUCCAAAAGGUUUUUGAAAGUGGAAGUUGCUCAAGGCUGCAAAAGGGGACGCUGCUUUGAUUUUAAGAGGUUUGUUUAGUUGGCCGAUGUGAACGGGUUGGCGCACAAUUACUGUUUCUGAAAGUUAGAAAGACGGAAAUAAUGCAAUCGAAGAAUACAAAAUGAGAUCAAAAUCAGCCAUGUUAGUCAAGAGCAAUGGAUGGCAUUAUAGAGAUAAAAUCUUUCGAGUGGUGCCUGAAAAAUGCUUGGACAAUGCAGUAUCAAUUUGUCCAAAGUUGAGAAUGUCAAACUACUGCACCGUUUGCUACAGUUUGACGAUUAACAGAUUAUAUACAAAAAGGUUUCUGGAAUGAUCGACUUUUACAAGGAUGCAUCUUCUUUUGUCUUUCUCUCCGUGGAAGCAAGCUAAAGAAUGUGUUUUGUUACAAAUACAUAUUUUAGAUUCUAUAUGACUUUGUUCCUCAAAUAAAUGCACAUUAUAUGAAGUGUUAUUAUAUUGCUAAUGUUUUAUCAGCUUGAUAUCAUUACCUCAUUUUAGUAAUAGUAAUGUUAGGCGUAUGCCCGUGCACACGGGCUAUCUAGUCUAGUAUAACUAUAUAAUAAGUGAAGGUUCAUGAGUAUGACGAAGGGCAUUUUCGCAAAUAUGAACUUCUUUAUGGCUAAUUGUAGACAUAGCUUUGUGCCCUGAAAAACAAACACGUGUCCCACUAAAACUCCUACCUCUUCUACACACUUUGGUUCCAUUUCAAUGGUAUUCUCUCUCAUUCAUCUUCUUCACUCCUAUAUUUUAUCAUUGCAGUGCAUUUCUUUCAAUAUUUAUUCAUUUUGUAGAUAUCUUACGAAGGUUGCCCAUUUCGCCUAAUUUGUGUAUGUGACAGGCAACAAAUUUCAAGUGGUCUAUGCACCUUGGUUUAUGAGGAUAUACAAAGAGAAGUGCUCUCACCGAUUCUCCAGGAUUUUCAGAAUUAUUCAGGUCCAAAAAGUCUCUUGUUGUAGCUCAAUGUUGACUUUUAACAUACCUAUUAGAUGGCCAUUGUGCUCAUGGAAUAACGGGUAUCAUUCCGGGUGCCAUGGAACCUUACAGACAAGAUGAUUAAUCAAUUACAGCUUGGGGAAUGUAUCACAUUUUAUCAAUAUGUAAAUGGUAUUUGUGUACCAGUCUAGGGGCUGAUUUUUUAUUAUGGAGGAACAUCCCUUGGUUAAGUUUGAACACUGGUUGAAGGAGGUGGCAUGUGGAGUGAUGAUUUUCAUUUUCGGAGUUUGAUUUUGUCCUUUUUGAGUGUCUCUCAAUUGGACUUGUUGAAAAAGGGUGUGUUUGGACAAUUUAUGGAUUUGGUUGAUGUCCACCUGAGUGAUAGUAUUUUCCGUUGCUUGAUCUUAUCGCAACUUUCAUCUAGUAAUGAUAGUGCGUUAAAGUUUAAGAUAUUUGAUCGCGUGUGUGUAUUUGAUUCCGAGUCUUUCCGUCUUAUUACUGGUUUGGAUUCUUGUGUUGGCGAUUUUAGUGUUGUGUCUAGCAGACCAAAUAGAUUGUUGAGACUUUAUUUUCUAAAUCAGGAUAGAAUAAGGUUGUGUGAUCUCAAGAGUUUUUUACAGAUCAAGUCAAGUAAUCGUACUGGUGGUUUUUGGGAAAGAUCUAGUGAUCCUGUUAGACUUGCUGAGGUCUAUAUAAUGGAGAGUGUUUUGUUGGGUUGUAGCAAAAAAUGUGUUGUUAAAGGUCAUCUAAUGAAGAUAAUUGAUGAUGACAGUCUUCGAGUGUCUUAUCCUUGGGGUUCUCUUAGUUUUAAUUGGUUGGUACGGUCGAUGGUUGUGUGAAGACUUUCAAGAGCAUGCCAUUUACACGUUAUAUGAUUAGUGGUUUCCUUUACGCUUUAAAUGUGUGGCUGUUGGAGGUUUUCCCUAUCUUUCGAGGGUUUUCAAGUUUUCAUGGUCUGAAGUCUCCUCGUAUGUUGUCUUGGGGUCCUUCAAAGCAAGUUGAUUAUAAAGUUAUUACUGAUAAUUUCUUCCAUGCUGAAAAAAGAUUCAAGAAAUUUAUUGUCCAUGCUGUUAUUGUUGGUACGGAACAAGAGAUGUUGGAUUAUCCAGUUGCACUUAAAUUUCCUGAUGAUUCAGGCUCUUGUUCUUCCAAUGCGGUUUUGCCAUCUCAACUUACUUCUCAGAUAGUUGAUGGUGUUUUGUCUAGUGUGAAGAAGCAACUUGAUGAUGAACGAUCUACAAUUGUCAAUCAAGUAAAGUCUUUGGAUAGCCGUUUCGAAGAAUUGGAUAAAAAAUUUGUUGGUGCGAUUAAUGUUGUGGAUAGCUUAGUUCGUGUACAUGAUGAAACAAAGUCAUGUGUAGCAGCUUCUGAAAGUGCUAAAAGAAUUUGUUUAGAAAGUAGACUUGACAGUUUGGAAAGUAAAUUUGAUUAUGUGAUGCAUUGUGUUGAAAGUUUAGUUCGACUGCAUAGCGAAAACAAAUCUUGUAAAGCUUGUGCAUCUGGUAAAAGACAACCUGAUUUGGGUUAUUCAGUGAAUGAUGAGGUGAAGUUAGAUGCACAUCUUGGAAAAGAUUUGCAGGAAUGUAUGGAGAAUAUGCUUUGUAAAGCAAGGUCUACAAAAAAUGAGACGUCUCCCAUGCUCGAUAUGCUCUGUGAUGUUGCUGUUUCUUCAUCAAGUCAACUGUCUGAUAAAACUCAAUCUCUUUCUCAGUUUGAAAAGGAAUUUGUGAAAGAAAAUGAAGACCGCGCAAAAAAAGAAGCACUUAAAGAAAUUGCUGCAAUUAAUAAUGCUUUUCAAUGCGGAGAUUAUGUGUUUUCUUCAAAUGAAGCAUCACAAAAUGUAAAUGAAGUAGCAGCUGCUGUUGAAGAUAGUAGAAAACGUCCGAGAUGCGAAGAUGGAAACAAAGAAGAUGAUGGUUAUCCUAAUUGGUAUUUGCUUACACCAAGCAGGACUCCAGUUGAGAAACGGUUGAGUUCUGCUGUUGAAGAUAUAUACUGUACUGCAGAAGAGUUAGGAAAGUGAAUUGAUUUUUUUGUUGUUAUUUACGGCAAGUGUUAUGUUAUUGUGUUUCCCCCUUUUUCGAAUGAUGUAUAUGUAAAUUGGUCUUUCAUUUCUGUACAUAUAAUGAAGUUUCACUUUUUCAAA